ACAUGCAUCUUGGCUACUAUAUAGAAGCUAUCAUUAAGCGUGGAGAAGCAGACAUGGCUUCCAAUGGCGGCUCUGUGGUCGGUCUUCUGUCCUAUGAAACACUGGUGCACGCUGUAGCCGGCGCAAUGGGCAGUGUGACGGCAAUGACGGUGUUCUUCCCUCUGGACACAGCCAGAAUUCGACUGCAGGUGGACGAGAGCCGAAAGUCCAAAUCCACUCCUGUCAUUCUGGCUGAGAUUGCAAAAGAGGAGGGCGUAAUGUCUCUCUAUCGUGGUUGGUUUCCUGUAAUUUCUAGUCUGUGCUGUUCCAACUUCGUCUACUUCUACACAUUCAAUUCACUGAAGCGGCUGAUGGUCCUGGGAAAAGGGCAGUCCACGCCUGGCAAAGAUCUUGUCAUGGGCUUCAUUGCAGGGACUGUGAACGUGCUCCUGACUACACCCAUGUGGGUGGUGAACACUCGGCUGAAGCUUCAGGGAGCAAAAUUUCGGAACGAAGAUCUCCACCAGACCCACUACAAGGGCAUUUUUGACACUUUCUACCAGAUCAUAGCUGAUGAGGGUGUAGGGGCGCUGUGGAACGGCACGCUCCCAUCCCUGCUGCUGGUGUUCAACCCUGCGGUGCAGUUCAUGUUCUAUGAGGCCAUGAAGAGGAGGGCAGGGCGAGCUGGACGCAAGAUUUCCUCACUUGAAAUCUUUCUCAUCGGUGCCAUUGCCAAGGCUAUCGCAACGACGGCCACUUAUCCACUGCAGACCGUCCAGUCCAUUCUGAGGUUUGGCCAACACAAAUCACAAGCAAAGGGCGGUUUACUGGGCAGCGUGCGCAGUGUGGUCAAUUUACUACUGGACAGAAUCAAGCGCAGUGGAGUUCCUGGCCUUUACAAAGGUCUGGAGGCGAAGCUUCUUCAGACAGUGCUGACAGCAGCUCUCAUGUUCAUGGUGUAUGAGAAGAUCGCUGCAGUCACCUUCAAACUGAUGGGCCUCAAUAAGAAGCUGAAGCAUUAACAACAGUUAAGCCUUAAAACUAACCAGAGUCAACCUGCUUCUUUUGUUAAACUCUACAAUGCCGGAUCAUAGCAUUCAUCUUUUUACCAGGGUAUGGGCUCAAUAAUUGCAAAGAUUCACUCAAAUGCAUUUUAAUUUUUAUAAAUUUCAUAAAAUCUUCUAGUCACGUUCACUGUCAGAUUUUUAGAAAUUAUGUAAAAAGCCUAUUUGGAGAACUCUUUUUAACUUAUAAUUCUUAAUUCUGUAUAGGAAACAUUGUAUGAUAUACAGUAUGAUGUACAGAAACUAUCAUUUAUGUUGCUAUAAUUCCUAUUAAUGUCUUACUUUAUUUAAUUUUCUUUAAGUAGUCAGCUACAGUCCCCUCUGAAAGUAUUGGAACAGCAAGGUCAAUUCAUUUGUUUGUGCUGUACACCAAAGACAUUUGGGUUUGAGAUCAAAAGAUGAAUAUGUGAUGAGAGUUUAGGAUUUCAGAUUUUUUUCCUGGUAUUUACAUCUACAUCUGUCAAACAAAAAACAUAGAACCUUUUGUAUCAGACCAUCCAAUUUUUAGCUGAGCAAAAGUAUAGGACUUCACCAGUCUAAAACCUUCCAUUUUUUUUCCCCUGAUAAAGUCCUUUGUUGUUGUGGUGCCGGUGUGUUUUGUAUGGUGCAUGAUGAAGUUCCUCCGGAUUCAUUUGGAUGCAUUUCUCUGUAAAUUGGAAGACAAAAUGUUCCUGUAAACUUCUGAAUUAAUUCUGUUGCUCGAGAGUUACAGCAUUAAUAAAGGUUAGUGAGCCCGUUCCAGAAGCAGCCAUACAAGCCCAAGCCAUGACACUACCUCCACCAUGUUUCACAGAUGAGCUUGUAUGUUUUGGAUCAUGAGCAGAUACUUAAUUUCUCCACACUAUGGUCUUUCUAUCACUUUGGUAGAGGUUAAUCUUGGUUCCAGAACUUUUGUGGCUCAUCUCUCUAUUUCUUUGUGAAUUCCAAUCUGGCUUUCUGAUUCUUACUGCUGAUGAGUGGUUUGCAUCUUGUGGUGUGGCCUCAUAUUUCUGCUCUGUAAGUCUUUUUCGAAUGGUGGAUUGUGAUACUUUCACCCCUGCGGAGGUUGUUGGUGAUGUCAUUGUUGUUUUUGGGGUUUUCUUCACAGCUCUCUUUUCUCAGCUUUAAAAUGGCUUGCUUUUCUCCCAUAGAUAGCUCUCUGAUUUUGGCUUAUCCUUUUUAACAACAAAUGAAGUCUUCACAGGUGAAACUGAAGGUUAAAACCAAGAGUAGAUGUUCAAAGCUACACACCUGGGUAACAAGGAACACCCGUCAGUCACGUGCCAAUAUUUUUGCUCAACUACAAAUUGGGUGGUCUGAUAAAAAUGUGCUGUGUUCUAUAUCAUUUGACACAUCUAUAUAUAAAUACCAGAAAAUAAAAGCUGAAAUUAUAAACUCUCGUCUCAUAUUCAUCUUUUGAUCUCAAACCUAAAUGUCUUCAUCUAAAUGUCUUCAGUCUACAGCAAAAAGAAAUGAACAGCCUUGCCAUUCCAAUAGUUUCAGAGGGGACUGUAUUUUCUUCUUUACAACAGUUCUUUUUUAAAAAACACACGAUGGCCUGUUUUGCUAGCUGUACAGUUCCCACCACUAUUAUAUCCCUCCAAUAUUGGCACCCUUGGUAAAUGUGAGCAAAGAAGGCUGUGAAAAAUUGUCUUUAUUGUUUAACUUUUUUAUUUAUUUAUUUAUUUUUUUUGUAAAUUCACAAAAAUAUUCUGCUGAAGUUCCAGUAGUGUCUGGCAAACUGAAGAUGCUUGAGUUUAUUUUUGGAUGAGAGUAGAGGCUUUUUUCUUGAACCUCUUCCAAACGUGAUGAUGGAGAUUUUUUGGCUACUUGAACCAUCCUCUUCACAGUGCGUUGAGACGAUACAGACACGUGUCCAAUUCCAAGUUGAUUCAUAACAUUUCUUACUUAAUAAUUUCCCUGAUGGUGAAAAUGGGCAUUUUCAAUGCUUGUGCUAUUUUUGCUAUAGUUGAACAAUUUCUUGUUCCUAGUCACCAAGGUC